AUGGGAAAAGGAACGGAUAAGCUCUACAUCACACACUCAGAGUGGGCAUCAGAAGAUGCCUUCUCGGCUAGCGCAGGCGCAGGCGUCUCCAAGGCCAAAAAGGGUGGCCCGCACGCUGCAUUCAAACGCCUGCCAUUCAAUUUCUGCUCCCUCUCCCUCCAACCGUUUUCACAUCCGGUCUGCACACCCACGGGCACGCUAUUCGACCUUACAAAUAUUCUGCCAUGGAUUAAGAAGCAUGGGACGAACCCUGUUGAUGGGUCACCGUUGAAGGGGUCUGACUUGAUUAAGUUGACCAUUGCGAAGAACGAGGACGGCGACUACGUUGACCCGGUUACCUUCAAGAUCUUGACUGAUAACACACAUGUCGUUGCGCUACGGAAUACCGGAAAUGUCUUUGCUUGGGAUACCGUGGAGCGUUUGAACAUCAAGGGCAAACUGUGGCGCGACUUGGUCACGGAUGAGGAGUUCAGCCGCAAGGAUAUUAUCACGCUGCAGGAUCCGCAGAACAUUGAGUCUCGCAAUCUCAGCUCGUUCAAUUACAUCAAGGAUGGAGAGACUGGACUUAUUGAGGAACAACAGGCCUCGGGCAGUGUCAACACCAAUGCGCUUGGCAGUUCAGCGAAGAUCCUGAAAGCGAAAGAGGCGGUUGCAAAGGCGCGCUCGGAACGCGCUCAGCAGGCUGGCUCUGCUGCGGCUGGCUCUAAGGCAGUUUCAAAGACAGGAGCUGCAAGUUCAGUUACCAAGGCCGGAGGGGUGCAAGGUGGAAAGCCGACGCCCUACAAUGCUGCCAAAUUUACUACCGGAAAGGCUGCUGCUUCCUUUACCAGUACUGGUCUAACACCACACACAACUGCCGAGCUUGCGCUGCUAUCAGAGGAAGAAUAUAUGCUGAAGCGGGGCCGGGUGAAAGGCAAGGCUUAUGCCCGGAUUGUGACUACCUCCGGACACUUGAACCUGGAACUGUAUCCUGAAUAUGCACCAAAAGCUGUAUGGAACUUUAUUCAGUUGGCUAAGAAGGGCUACUAUAAGGAUGUCCCCUUCCACCGCAAUAUCAAGGGCUUCAUGCUCCAGGGUGGUGAUCCAACUGGAACCGGACGAGGUGGCGAGAGUAUAUGGGGGAAAUACUUCGCCGAUGAGUUUGAGGGUCCCCUGAAGCACGAUGCCCGAGGAACACUAAGUAUGGCCAACAAGGGCAAGAACACGAACAGCAGUCAAUUCUUCAUUGCUUAUCGUGCCCUUCCUCACCUCAACCUCAAACAUACCAUUUUCGGUCGUCUAAUCGACGACCCAACCCCUUCAUCUACUACCUUGAACGCAAUUGAGAUCCACCCCGUCGAAUCAUCCACAAACCGACCAACCCCCGACAUCCGCAUCAAGGACAUCACAGUCUUCGUAGAUCCAUUCGAAGACUUCCUAACCCAGAAACGCGCAGAAGAAGCGCGGAGCUCGGGAGCCGCCCAGCCCGAGGAAGAAGAAGAGGCUUCGCGUCGUGUGGACGAUGACCGUGUUACUUGGACUGGCAAGCGAGUUCGCGGUGCUGGUGCUGAAUCGGGUGAUGGUGGCUCUGGUGGCGUUGGGAAGUACUUGAAGGCGGCGUUGGCGGACCGGGAUGGGCAAGAGGAGGAUGAAAUUGUUGAAUUUGUGGACGAGGAGCCAGUGCCUGAACCUGCUCGUAAGAAGGCUAAGGGAUCAGGAGGCUUUGGUGAUUUUAGUUCAUGCCUAAUUCCUCCGCUUCCGUCCUCGACCGACCCUACGUCAGUCUCGCCCCAUCUUCACCCCGCCCGUACCCAACCCCCGAGUGUUCCAUCCUUUGUGAAAGGAUUCAAUCAAGCUGGCAGUGGCUCCUCGAGCCCACCCAAAGAUAAGGUUGAUUCACUUCCGGAGACCGGCAUCGACAACUCCUUGACCCUCCAAACCGACACCAGCGCGCUCAGCUCCAGCCCGCGCGACAAGAGAUUCUCUCCUCCUGGUGCUGGGUUCUUCGCCCGCCGACAAAGCGACGACCAGGGUCCCGCAGCCGAGAAGAAGCGCAGAAGUAGUACCGUUACUAAAGCGGCCAGCUUCUUCAGCAACGCGAAAAACUCCCUUAGUUUGAACGGCCGGGAUAAUUCGCUUAGCACCAGUCCCUCGAUCGCCGAAAGCCCGCUACAGAAGCUCGGCAAGAUGGACCCAGCACUCAGUGUCCCUCAAGGGUCAUUCAAUAACUCUGCCGGAGAAUCCGUACCAACCGCUCGGUCAUCCUUCCGCGUUGGUGUCACAGAAGACCGGAAUCGAAAAUGUCGCCGAACUAUGGAAGAUACACAUGCCUAUCUCUACAAUUUCCUGGGCACCCCGGCUCCGACUGCUCCGGACAUAAAUGGGAACGAGGGCCCCGGGGCGAAUGAGUCGCAGGCGGCGGAGGAUACACCGCGUGCCCUUGAAACAGACAAUGGAUACUUUGCAAUCUUUGAUGGACACGCUGGAACCUUUGCUGCAGAGUGGUGUGGCAAGAAAUUGCAUUUGAUUCUCGAAGAAGUCAUGCGCAGAAGCCCCAAUACGCCUGUUCCGGAAUUGCUCGAUCAGACGUUCACCAGCGUGGACCAGCAACUCGAGAAACUACCCGUCAAGAACUCUGGGUGUACAGCCGUCACUGCAGUGCUUCGCUGGGAAGAUCGUGUACCAAGCUCACAAUCAGCAACCGGAUCCGCCGCCCUCGCCCCGGCCGCUGCAGCUGCAUCAAAGGGUGACACGAGGUCAGAGAAUGCGGAGACCCCUACUCAAGAUACACCGUCUACUGUUCUGCCAAAGUUGCAGGAUAAGGCUGUUCGACAGCGAGUUUUGUACACAGCCAACGUUGGCGAUGCCCGCAUUGUAUUAUGUCGCAACGGGAAAGCACUCAGAUUGUCAUACGAUCACAAGGGUAGUGACGAGAACGAAGGCAAGAGGAUUGCCAACGCUGGCGGGUUAAUCCUGAACAACCGCGUCAACGGAGUUUUGGCUGUUACCCGCGCCUUGGGUGAUGCAUACCUGAAGGACCUUGUUACUGGGCAUCCCUACACAACAGAAACAGUUAUCCAGCAUGAUGCCGAUGAGUUUAUUAUUUUGGCUUGCGAUGGUUUGUGGGAUGUCUGCAGUGACCAAGAAGCCGUGGAUCUAAUCCGGAACGUCCAAGACGCCCAACACGCCUCCAAGAUCCUUGUUGACCACGCACUCGCACGGUUCAGCACAGACAACCUAUCUUGCAUGGUAAUCCGACUCGAUUCCAACCGUGUCAAGGAUGUCGUCAACAACAACGCAGACCCGAUCGGAGUAGACGGGGAUACGACAGUAUCGCAGGGCGUUAGCGAAGCCGACGCGAUCGUCGAGGGUGCAAGGAAGAACAUCGCCACCUCGGGCGUGGCAGACGACCCAGCAUCAGCAGAGAAGGCUGCUGAAGAGACUCUCCAGAAGAUGGCGAACCGCAACGCCCAAGAAGAGCCCGGGCCUGAGUUGCAGGUUAACGAGAAUAAAGACCUUCCCUCUGUGGACAUCCUGAGUCCCAACAAGGGCACAUCUGGCCAGACUCAGUGA